AUGAUGAAGUUAUUUCCACUAGUCGUGUCCGUGCUCAUUGCAUUGUUAACAUGUACACUUGUUUUAUCGGAAGAGUGCACAUCAGACGAACUUGCUAAUAUUGGCAGCAUCUACUCUUCAGCCAUGACAGAUGCAUGUCCAGACAUGAACUCGGCUGCUGGCGACAUGUCCGCCAGCUACUGCACACCGGAUUGUAUUGCGUUCAUUACUGAUGCUCUAGACAAGCUGCCGGACUGCUCCACAAGCGGCGUCAAUAUCAAAGCGGCAGUGCAAGCUACUAUUGACUACUGUGAAGCUGGAAAAGCUGACACCUCGAACGUCUUAACGGGCUCUUUAUCUACCUCCUCAAACGCUAAUGCCUCUAACAGUAACGAGGUUAAAGCCGACCCAAUUAUCUACGCUCAAUUUUUGAAAUUCUCUCCUAAGGAGAUUCAUGAACUCAAGCGAGUGUUUAAAGAGCACGACAAUGACUACGCUGCUGCUGUUUCUGUUAAUGAACUACCUACAGUGCUACAAAAGCUGGGCGAGAACGUGACACCAAACCAAACAAAUGUUAUGUUGCAGCAGAUAAAGUUGGAAAGACCCGACCAGAUCUCAUUUCACGAGUUUUUAGAGCUGCUUUAUGACUUUCGCAAUGGAGCCAUUGCGCUAGAUCCGGUACUACUCAUGGAGCAUGCUUCGGUAACCCCCACGCCUAAGGUUGCGCCUGUUCCGGUGCCUGUAGCAUCGUCUGGAUUUGUGGAAACGACACCAGUUUUCGCCAAUCGGAAGACAAGUGCUUCAGUAACGGAGCCAACUUACCAGACACCCACAUUUGUACAAAAAGCGCAGUGGCCACCUACCGGAACGCCUUCAACUCCGACGUCGUCUUCGGCCCCCGUUGUACACAAACCACAAUGGUCAUCAACUGGUACGCAAGGCGCGUCUUGGGGACAUACGCCAUCAUCAGCAUCACAAAUGGCACCACCAAUCACUGUACCUUCGACAAAGGCACAAUGGCCUCCUGUGUCGGAACCUUCCACACCUCCUGCACCUGUCAGGACCGGGAAAUGGUCAUCUCCUAAUGGCGAUAAGAGUACAAUAACGUCGCAGUGGCCACCAAGAGCAACUUCGCCAAGUGUAACCAAGCCGCAAUGGCCACCAACAUCCGAUGUAGCAUCGAAAAGCUCCGUUACUGGUAAAGAUUCGCCUACAAUCGUUUCCCCAAAACCUCAAUGGCCUCCUAGUGCGUCAUCUAUCACUGUAUCGCCGAAAUCUCCUUCCGACGCUCCAAAACGUGCCCAAUGGCCGCCUGCGUCAUCCAGUCCAGUCCCACCACCGGUCGUUCGCACACCGCCCAUUUCGCCAGCAACAGAAUUUGUCGGUAAAACUGUUGACGCACACACAUUAAAUGUUCUGCAACGUCGUGCCAGUGCAGCAGCGCAAUACAACUCGACAAUUCAUGAAGUUAAGGGUACAGCUGGAGGUGUCCACUCGUACUCAGAAGAAGAAACUGUUGCAUUUACUGAACACAUUAAUAAUGUCCUGCAUGCAGACAAUGAUGUGGCAUCGUUGAUGCCAAUUGGAGUGGAUGGAGGUCUCUUCCGAGCGGUAUGCGACGGUGUGCUGCUGUGCAAGCUCAUAAAUGCUGCUGUUCCCGAAACUAUUGAUGAACGUGCGCUAAAUUUUGUUAAACGAACCAAAGAGCUCAAUGUGUAUCAAAAGACGGAGAAUCAGAACUUGUGUAUCAAUGCAGCCAAAACAAUUGGCUGCAGUGUCGUGAAUAUUGGACCAGAUGAUUUGAUUGAAGGCAAACCCAUUCUUGUAUUAGGAAUAGUCUGGCAAAUUAUCAAAAUUCAACUCACGUCGACAAUUAACCUGAAAAACCACCCAGAACUCAUGCGGCUUUUAUUGGACGGCGAAACGCUAGAGGCAUUUAUGAAACUUCCUCCCGAUCAGAUUUUGCUGCGGUGGAUGAAUUAUCACUUAAAAGCUGCGGGUCAUCCGAAGAAAGUGACAAAUUUCAGUACAGACGUUCAGGAUGCGAGUGCGUAUAGUGUUCUGUUGCAUCAUAUUGCACCUCAACAUUGUGACUUGUGUAACGAAUCGAUUCCAGAGGAACGUGCAGCUCAUGUGAUUCAAAAUGCACGUCGUUUAAAGGUUGAGACAUUUAUCAAACCACGAGAUAUCACAAGUGGAAACCCUAAAUUGAACAUGUCGUUUGUGGCUCAGCUGUUCAAUACAUGUCCAGCGUUGGAUGUGAUUGAAGAGGAGAGAAAACAAUUGGAAGAAAUUUUGUAUGAUGACGUUGGUGACACACGUGAAGAGCGUGUCUUCCGAAUGUGGAUUAACUCGCUGGCGAUUGAUGAUGUGUACAUCAACCACUUGUACUCGGAUUUAAGUGACGGUAUGAAGUUGCUUAAGGUGUUGGACAAGAUUCAGAAGGGAAUUGUUGCAUGGAAUAAGGUCAAUAUGGUGGCACCUAAUAAAUUUAAACAGGUGGAAAACUGCAAUUAUUGCGUCGUGCUCGGCAAACAAUUAAAAUUUUCGCUUGUUAAUGUUGGAGGAGCGGAUAUUUUUGAAGGCGCAAAGAAGAUGAUUUUGUCGAUCGUGUGGCAAAGUAUGCGGUACCAACAGCUUAAGAUUCUGAGUGAGCUUGCAGCUGGUCGUGGUGAAAUUACCGACAAAGACAUAAUUGCGUGGGCAAACAACAAGGUACGUCAGAAUGGAAGGGUACAAGGCAACAUUGUGUCAUUUCGGGAUCCAUCUUUGGCCGAUGGACUUUACUUGCUUGACUUGGUCCAUGCUGUAGAGCCACGUGCUGUGAAUUGGGACAUGGUUUUGCAGGACAAGGCGGACGACGCGAAGGCCAGCAAUGCUAAGUAUGCUAUCAGCUGUGCUCAAAAGAUCGGGGCUACGGUAUUCUUGACUUUCGAGGAUAUUGUGGAAGUUAAGCCCAAAAUGAUGAUGACAUUCGUGGCCAGUCUUAUGCUUGUAGAUCAUCAGCGCUCAUAG